GUCUUUCUUCCCCUUACGACUGUGCACUUCCCUUUCUUCCACAGAAAAUACAACGAUUAAGACAAGAUGACAAUCUACUACACGCUCACCUUCAUGCUCCUCGUCGCCGAGAUGGUGACGUUCUGCGUCAUCGUCUCACCUCUCCCGCACAGUGUCCGGAGGCGCUUCUUCCGCUUUCUUGCAGAGAGCCCCAUUGUGGCGAAGCUAGCCUACGGUGUCAAAAUAGCUUUCAUUUUCGUAGGAAUACUGUUCAUAGAUGCGGUCCAGCGCAUGAUGCGUGUCACUGCCGAAGCGGACGUCGCGAGGAACAAUGGCCAGGGCAUGCAGGACGUCAGAGCGGAAUCCAACUUUGCUGCGCGCAAAUUCUACUCGCAACGCAAUACCUACCUGACCGGUUUCUGCCUCUUCCUCUCGCUUGUCCUCACGUGCACGUUCUACAUCCUCCUCGACCUCGUCCACACACAGGAAGAAUAUGCUAAAUUGAAGCAGGAGACGGCAAAGUCGUCGCGCGGCGAGAUUGGCGCCCAGGACCAGACGAAGCAAGUUGAGGAGCUCAAGAAGAAGCUGGCCGCUGCUGAGGAGAGAACGCGCGACUUUGAGAUCGUGAAGAAGCAGGCGCAGCAGAACGCGAAGGAAUACGACAGGCUCGCGACUGAGCUCAAUGCGAAGAACGGGGACGUGUCGAACAAGAAGUCAGACUAAUGGGAUUUCAACGUGAGAUUUACGCUCCGUUACCUCAAUGUUAACGACUGUCUGUGCUGGAUGAAACACGGAAUAUUUUCCGGUAU